CGCGGUCUACUCAACCUUCGACAUCGACGACGACCUGUGGGACAGCUUCAUCCGCGGCUACCAAACCGACCCCGAGUUUCGCAACAAGUACGCGAAUCGCUCCUCUCCCAAUCCGGCGCCUUCUCACUACCGGAUCCAAGAAGGGUACUUGCUUGUCCACACCCGGGGGAAGGACCUUCUUUGUGUACCGAGUGACCCUCACUUGCGUACACGGCUUCUUGGCGAGUUCCACGAUGCUCCCGCCACCAGACACUUUGGAGUCAAUCGCACGAUUGGCCGACUUCGCGAGCAAUUUUGGUGGCCCGACCUUCUCGCCGACAUCACACGCUAUUGCGAGUCAUGCGAGGUUUGCCGACGUUGCAAAUCCCGGAACCAUCGUCCGUACGGCGAGUUGCUACCGUUACCGGUUCCCUUGCGGCGAAGGGAAGCGAUUGCCAUGGACAUUACCGACCCGUUCCCAAGCACAAGACCGGAGUGGAUGGGAUUCUCACGGUGGUCGACCGACUCACCAAGUUCGCCAUGUUUUUGCCUUGCCGCUAUCAUGCCAAGGCACUGGAGUUGGCCGAGGUUCUUUACGCCGGUUGGAUUCGAACCAAGGGUUACCCCAAGGAAAUCGUCUACGACGGCGACACUCAGUUAAUGUUCGAUUUUUGGUUGGCGCUCAUCAAACGAUGGGGCUCAUCUCUCAAGCCAAGUUCGGCUCGCCACCCCCAAACCGAUGGCCAAACGGAGAGGGCGUAUCAGACCACACAGGUUCUCCUUUGCACUCUCAUCCGUCCCGACCAAAAGGAUUGGGUUGAGCGGCUGCCGAAUGUCGAGUUGGCCUACAACUCGUCCAUCCACCCGGCUAUUGGGAUGUCGCCCUUCGAGUUAGAGCACGGCUCGCCGAUCACUUCGUCGUUGGACACAAUCAUUCCGCGAACGGCCGAGAGCGAUAACCAGCUCCUUUUCUUGCGUCAGAUGCAAGAGCUACUUGUCAAGGCACGCGACCAGAUGGCCAAGAUGCAGCAACGCAUGAGCCAACAGGCCAAUCGCCAGCGUCUUCCUUGCCCAUUCCGCGCCGGCGAUCUCGUUUGGGUUUCCGCCCCGGAAUUCAGCCUUGAACAAGAUAUCUCUCCCAAGCUCCUCCCGAAAUGGAUGGGGCCUUGGCCGAUCGUGGCACCCGUUUGGGAUGCACCCGAAGGACCCUCCUUCAUCAUUCAGGCGCCCGCCCACUUGCCCGUCUACCCAGUCUUUCAUUGCUCCAAGUUUGCUCUUUACACGCCAACAGAACAUGACGAUUUCCCCGGGCGACGAUCGCAAGACCCACCCUCUAUGGACGGUUUUCAAGAGGUUGGCGACAUCAUCUCCCAGCGACGCUACGGCAACAGGACAACCGAGUAUUUGGUACACUUUGCGUAGUGCAGUCACAAAGUUGACCAUUGGUUAACCCGUGCGGAACUCCAAGCCACAACUCCGGAUGUUCUCGCAACCUACGAA